UUAAAAUUAACUUUUUUUUAUAAUACAUUAUUUACUAAAUAGUAAAGACAAAUUUCAAAUUUAUAAAUCCAAAUAAUAACGAAGCAUUUAUUUAUAUUUAGCAAAUGUAUUUCAGUAUUUUUAUAUAUAUAUGCAUAAGUAAUAGAAUAUAAAAGUGAUAAAAAAAUUGACAUCGCUUGACAAAUGUAGCUAGAGAUGAGUCGUUCGGAUAAGAGUGCUGAUGAAAACUUACUUUGGUUUCAUGGUAAAAUUUCAAGAGAAAAAGCAGAAGAAAUAUUACGUUCAGAAAACCGCAAUGGAAUUUUUUUAGUUCGUGAAAGCAAUACAUCAAGUGGGGAUUAUGUUUUAUCUGUUUUCUUUCAGGAAAAAAUUUGUCAUUAUCAAAUAAGAAGACAUGGAGAGGAUGCCUUUUUUUCCAUUAAAGAUGUAAAAUUUCAUGGCUUAGAAACUUUAAUAGAAUUUUAUAGAAAAUCUGCAGAUGAGUUAGAAACGCAAUUAAAUGAAUUUGUUAAAGGACAACCCCCACCGAAUGAUUCCCGAAGCCACGGACGAACAAAUUUACUUCAUCGUGCAACCAAAGAAAAUAAUAAAACCAUUGUUUCAGAACUUUUAAAAUGUGGUUAUAGAAAUUUCGAUGCCAAGAAUCAAAAUGGACAAACUGCACUUCAUGUUGCAUGUAUCAAUAGUUCCGAAGAAAUUUUAAAAUUGUUAAUCAAUGUUGGAGCAAAUGUUAAUUGCAGAGAUACUGAAGGCAAUACACCAUUGCAUUAUGCUUGUAGAACAAAAUCUGUUAGUUUUAUUAAGACAUUAAUUAAUGCUAAAGCCAAUAUCCAUAUACGAAAUAUAACCACCGGAUACGUUCCAUUACAUGAUGCUGCAAAAUCUGGAAACUUAGAAAUCGUAAAAUUGCUCUUAGAAUUAGAUGCUGCUCACUUAGCUAGAACGAGUAGCGGCGAGUUUCCGUUAGAUUUAGCUAUUGAAGCAGGUCAUCAUGAUGUUAUAAAUUUACUAAAAAACUACAUUCCUAAACCACCUAACACUAACAAAGACCAUUGGUAUCAUGGGACUUUAUCAAGAGAUGAAGCAGUUCUUCUACUGAAUGAAUUUGCUGAAGAAUGUAGAAAACGACCAAAAGAAAAUAAUUGUUCUGAUUCAAACGACAAAAAUGAUCCUUCAGGACUAUUUUUGAUCAGAUUUUCUAACAGAACUGGUUAUGUUCUAACAUUACUAGCAGAUAAUGAAGUCAGAAAUUUUAAAAUACAACAAUAUUUUUCGCACACCCAUCAUUUUUAUAUAGACGAAGGACCUUAUCUGCCUUCUUUAGAGCAUCUGGUGCAACAUUAUUCGACUUAUUCCGAUGGUUUACCUGUAAAUUUACGUUUGCCAGUCCCGCCAAAACCAAAACCACCAUUACCACAGUUUUCUACUAUGCCGAAAGCUUCCUCCAAAAGAUAUUUGGGCCAUAAAACAUCAAUAGGUAAUCUUUCAGCUGAUACGCCGUAUAUACCUCAAGCGAUCACAUCUCCUCAUCCUGGAGACGAUGCAAUGAAUAGAGUUGGUUUAUUUGAAGGGGGUGUUAGUCCCCCGCCACCAAUUAAUUAUAGUGAAGGAAAUUUUCAAACUAAUAGUGUAGGGAGCAUUGAGAAAAAAUUAAAAGACAAACGCGACAUGACAAUAUUUCGUAGUUUUAAGCCUCGCUCACAAAAAAAAAAUUACCUCGUAGAUGGCGUACGUAGUUUGAGGAAAGCAAAGUUAAAAUCACCAAAUAAACAUGAACAACGAAAACUAUCUCAUGACGAAAAGAUGUUGCAAGGAAGUAGUUGCCUAGAUAAAGAUGAUCCUGAAUUAAGCAUUAAACGUAUUGAACCACUUAUGAAAAAUUUGUGUUUUUCGACAGACUUUAUUAAUAAAUCAGCUUGUGAAAGCUUUUAUAACAUACCUAAGAAGAGUUGUUCUAUUGUCGAUAUAGACAUUGGAGAAAAUGAUAUUAACAAAUCGAACUUCCCAAAAAUUGAUAGAAUCAACGCAAAUAUUCAAGAAGACUCGAAACCUGAAGAAAUAGAGGAAAAUUAUUAUACAAAAAGUGAUAAAAUGAUAGAAAUGGAACGAAAUGAGGGAAUUUCUAGAAACGACCAAUAUUUUAUUGACGCUCCUCCACCAAUUAAUAUGAAAACCUAUCCUCAAACAACAAUCAACAACUCGAAUUUGAAAUGCGAUCCAUCUAAUAAUACAUCUCCUGCUGAUUAUGUUCCUACUGUAGAUGUCCGACAAUUUAUAGAUGGACUGAGCCGUUUCAAUUCAUCUCCAAAAAACUUAGAUGAAUCUUCAGCAGAAUUACGAGAACUAUCUAAGCAUCCGGAAAGAUUAGAUUCUAUUAUAUCAAACGCCAGUACUGCUAGUGAAAUUACCCACUUUUUAAAUCGACAGAAUAAUUCUAACCAAUUAGCCAAUCCUGAAGUUAAAUCAAAAUCCAACUAUUUCAUUCCUAGUGAAUGCUUAGUAUUAAAGGAAAUAAUAGGUGAAGGUGAAUUUGGUUCUGUUUAUCGAGGGUAUUUAGUACAGCAAGGGUCGGGAAAAAAUGUUGAAAGUGGUUUAAGCUCUAUUCGAUAUGAAGUAGCCAUCAAAACUUUACACGAUGAUUGUCGUAUGAACAAGCAAGAAUUUUUACGUGAGGCAUCUGUCAUGAUAAGACUGCAACAUCAUUGUAUUGUUAACUUAAUUGGCAUUUCUAAAAGUUCAUCUAGCUUAAUGAUGGUUCAAGAGUUGGUAUCUCUUGGUUCUAUGUUACAAUACAUAAUACAAAAUACAAAUAAAAUAAAUCCGAAUUAUGAACUAAAAUUAUGGGCAUCCCAGAUUGCUUGUGGUAUGCAUUAUUUAGAGUCCCAACAUUUCGUUCACCGUGAUCUAGCAGCCAGAAAUAUCUUAUUGUCUUCAAGAAAUCAAGCAAAAAUUAGUGAUUUCGGCUUAUCAAGAGCCAUUGGUACUGGAAAUGAUUGUUAUCAAGCUAGUCAAGGUGGAAAAUGGCCAAUAAAAUGGUAUGCACCAGAAAGUUUUAAUCAUGGGUAUUUUUCUCAUGCAAGCGAUGUGUGGUCUUUUGGAGUUACCCUGUGGGAAAUGUAUUCAAUGGGGGAACCACCAUAUGGUGAUAUGAGGGGUGUUGAUGCAAUAAAAUUGAUAGAAGAAGGAAAACGGUUAUCUCAACCGGCAUUAUGUCCCGAUAAUGUAUAUAAAAUAAUGGAGCAUUGUUGGAAUUAUAAACCAAAAGAUCGACCUACAUUCCGUUAUUUAACCGAAUUUUUUGCUAGUGAUCCUGAUUAUCAAAAUAUUUUGGAAUUAGUAAAAAGUGAACAUAUAAGUUAAAUUAAUUUUUUAUGUAAAAGGUGAACAUAUAAUACAGUUAUGUUUUUAUUUAAAAAUAAAUAUCAAAUGUGUAUGUUAAUAUUUUAUAAUUUUAAUUUAUAUUUGUUAAUUAAUUUUAUGCAAAACAAUUAUAUGUAAUCCAAUCCAUACGUAUAGUAGCUGUGAAUUUUUUACACAAAAAAAGCAAAGCAAAAAUUUACAUUUUGUUAAUCUGAAUCGUAUUUAAAAGUCUAGCAUUCAAAAUGCCAUAAAAGUGUGUAAAUUUUUGAAAAUUAAAAAUAAUUCUAUUUUUUUUUUUUGUAUUUCAUUUUCAGUUAUUUUAGCUAGAUAUUAAUUAAUAAUUAUGAAUAAAUUCUAUAAAUUAAAUCAAAAUUUUUAUAAUGAGAAACAAUAUUAUAUAAUAAUUUGUACCUAUCUUUCUAUGAAAAUAAAAAAAUCGU